CUCUAGCCAGCCCAAGAGUCCGCCCUUGAAACAGAAGAACGCUUCUAGGAGAGGCAUGCCAAAAAAUAGGUCUUUCAGAGAUUCAGGCAACCAGAUUAUGAUGAUCGAGCUCCGGAAGAAGAUCAUCAUCUUCAUGGACAUCAUCGACCUACCAGCUUAUGAUGCAUCUGCUGCCACAGAUGAGCUGGUGAUGAGGUUGAUGAGAGAUCUCCAAAAGCUUUACCCUGAAAUUGUCCUGCAUAAUCAAUUAUCAGAACUGAAGGGAGCAUCAACAGAACAGGUCCUUGCCUCCUUCUGCAAGGCAUUGAAAUCUAUAGGAGAGUCUUGGAUGACAAAUCAUGACAGGUUGGACAAAUUGAGUUAUGAUUUGCCAUCAUUCAAGGAGGAUGUCAAUUCGGAUCAACUUGUUGAGACGGUGUUGGCAACACUCGAUUGCUUGAUCAAGAUGGCAAGGGACAAGUUCGAUAUGAUGGAUGAGGAUGACCAGAAAGGAGAAGGCUACAGCCCUCUGAAUAGCUCAUUUGGAAAAUUCUUGAGCGAUUCAGAGAGCUGCACCUCAGUCUCCAGCUGCUCUUCUCCAGUCACUCCAUCCUCUGUCCUGCCAGAGCUGAUUGAUGGUUCUCCCCAGGCUCGAAAGAAGGCCAAUGUUGGUUCCAAAUCACCCCUUCUUUGGACUCUCAGAGUGCAAGCAGUGGGGAAACUGAACCCGAUUGAUGUUAAGCACUUGUCACUUCACUUGUCAAAACAAGGAUCCCAUGGCACCAGCAAUGGUUUGGACAAGAGUGGCCAAUUGGUUGAGGAACCAUCAAUUGAGGCAGAUUUAAAGAGCAAUCCUGAAAAGGCAAUUGCAGCAACUGAUGAUGAGGAAGUGAGACAUAGCAGCGCUCGAAAGGACACAAAAGAAGUCCCAAAUCCAAGUUUGAAUGAGAAUGCUAAGGGAACGGAAAUAGACAACACAAGUGAUGAUGUUGAAACUCCAACCACAGCCCCUGAAACUUCGGAAGCAGACACCACACAAGUGUCUUUGCCUCCACCCUCACCAUCAACAUUGUCACUAAAUCCACCACUGUCUUCGCCCUCAAUACUACUACAACCAACAACAUCAACAUCUUCACCUCCACCCUCACCAUCCACAUUGUCACUAAAUCCACCACUAUCUUCACCCUCAAUACUGCAACAACCAACAACAUCAACACCUCCACCACCACCUCCGCCGCCAACGGGACUACAAUUUUCACUGCCUAAUACAUUAAUAGAAACAAAAAUACCAGUGCCACCAACACCCCCUGCACCAGCAUCACCGCCUACAUUGCAGCGAAAUGUUGCAACGCCGCCGCAGCCACCACCACCACCACCAUCACUAGCUGCCCUGCAGCCAACAGUUGCAGCACCCCCUCCACCACCACUACCAACAUUAACACCACAAAAAGCAGCAGCAGCUGUACUGCCACCACCCCCACCACCUCCACCAAUGGCACCACGAUCAAUACAAGUAGCUCCACCAACCCCACCACCUACACCAAUGCCACCAGGAUCAAGAAGAAUGGGUCCACCACCACCACCCCCUCCACCAGGAUCAUCAAUUGGAGGUCCUCCACCACCACCUCCUCCACCAGGAUCAUCAAAUGGAGCUCCUCCACCACCGCCUCCACCAGGAUCAUCAAGUGGAGGUCCUCCGCCCCCACCACCUAUGCUAAGAGGACAGCCAAAUGGAGCUGCUCCACCCCCACCUCCUGCAUUUGGUGCAGCAAGAUCGUUGCGCCCCAAGAAGGACACUAAACUGAAGAGAUCAUCCCAAAUGGGCAGUCUGUACCGCCUUCUCAAGGGCAAGGUGGAAGGAUCUAGCUUGAAUGGCAAGUCAGCCAAUGGGAGAAAAGGGGGAAUUGGGAGCAGCUCUGGUGGAAAACAAGGAAUGGCUGAUGCUCUAGCAGAGAUGACAAAGAGAUCAGCAUACUUUCUACAAAUUGAAGAAGAUGCUCAGAAGUAUGCAAAGCCUAUCAUGGAAAUGAGAACUACCCUCAGUUCUUUCCAGACAAAGGACAUGAGUGAGCUGAUAGAUUUUCAAAAGAAAGUAGAAUCCAUUCUUGAGCACUUGACUGAUGAGUCACAGGUGCUGUCAAGGUUUGAAGGGUUCCCAACAAGGAAGUUGGAAACAAUGAGGAUGGCAGCAGCUCUGCACUCGAAGUUAAAUGUCAUGCUAAUUGAACUACAGAACUGGAAACUAGAGGCUCCAUUGGGUCAGCUUCUUGACAAGACUGAACGUUACUUCAAUAAGAUCAAAGGAGAAAUCGACGCAAUGGAACGAACUAAGGAUGAUGAAGCCAAGAAAUUUCAGUCUCAGAAUAUUCAUUUUGACUUCAAUAUCCUAAUCAGGAUCAAAGAAGCAAUGGUAGAUGUUUCCUCAAGCUGCAUGGAAAUGGCACUAAAGGAUAGGAGAGAAGCAAAAGCAGCAGAGCAGACUGGAAGAAAAACAGAUCAGAAGCAAACAAAGAUAUGUGUUAAAAUGCUUUGGAGGGCUUUCCAGUUUGCUUUCAGGGUCUACACAUUUGCUGGUGGACAUGAUGAUCGUGCUGACAUGCUCACAAAAGAACUGGCUAAUGAAAUUGAGUCUGAUCCCCACCACCACUGAGCCUAAUUCCCAAUUGAUCUCCCUGGACUUUGAAACCAACAAAUUAUCCUUGUAUAAUCGUAUCCUAUACGAACCUUAUACUCCUUAUGAUUAAAAGCGUUCUGUUUUGACAAUACCCAAAAAACAAAAAAGCUUUUCUUUUUGUUGCCACCCUUGUAAAUAAUCAGGUCCAAGAACAAAAACCAAAAACUUGUAAAUUUAGGCUUUGUAUGUAUGAGUUAUGAUUUUGAUUUAGGACUUGAUUAGGACCACUUCCAGGCGGAUAUAUG